UUUAUAAAGAUAUAAGUGAUUUUUUCUCUCCUUGUUUCCACCGCCUUGAAAACGAAUACUUUUGGUAAAGAACGGAGGACACAGCUCAGCAACAUUUUGGGGGGCGAUUGGGUUUUGGGGGUUUUUUUGGUGGCUUUUUUUUCUUUCUUUUAAAGAAAAACAAACAAACAAACCAGAGUGCAUCGCGAUGGAGAAAAUGUCCCGAGCGCUCCCCCUGAAUCCCACCUUUAUCCCGCCUCCCUACGGUGUCCUCAGAUCCCUGCUGGAGAACCCGCUGAAGCUCCCCCUUCAUCACCAGGACGCAUUUAGCAAAGAGAAAGACAAGGAGAAGAAGCUGGAUGAUGACAGUAACAGCCCGACAGUCCCCCAGUCGGCGUUCUUGGGGCCCACCUUAUGGGACAGAACCCUUCCCUAUGACGGAGAUACUUUCCAAUUGGAAUACAUGGACCUGGAGGAGUUUCUGUCCGAAAAUGGCAUUCCCCCCAGCCCGUCUCAGCACGACCACAGCCCUCACCCACCCGGGCUGCAGCAGGCUUCCUCCGCUGCCCCUUCCGUUGUGGACCUCAGCAGUCGGGCUUCCGUACCCAUUCACCCCGGCCUCCCGUCCCCCAACUGCAUGCAGAGCCCCAUCAGACCAGGUCAGCUGUUGCCAGCAAACCGCAAUACACCAAGUCCCAUUGAUCCGGACACCAUUCAGGUUCCGGUGGGUUAUGAGCCAGACCCAGCCGAUCUUGCGCUCUCCAGCAUCCCUGGCCAGGAAAUGUUUGAUCCUCGCAAACGCAAGUUCUCUGAGGAAGAACUGAAACCACAGCCCAUGAUUAAGAAAGCUCGCAAAGUCUUCAUCCCUGAGGAUCUGAAGGAUGACAAGUACUGGGCAAGGCGCAGAAAGAACAACAUGGCAGCCAAGCGCUCCCGCGACGCCCGGAGGCUGAAGGAGAACCAGAUUGCCAUCCGGGCCUCCUUCCUGGAGAAGGAGAACUCGGCCCUCCGCCAGGAGGUGGCUGACUUGCGGAAGGAGUUGGGCAAAUGCAAGAACAUACUUGCCAAGUACGAAGCCAGGCAUGGGCCCCUGUAGGCUGGCAUUUUUGUGGGCUGGCUUUUGAAUAGAUGGACAGUUUGUUUCCUGUCUGAUAGCACCACACCCAAACCAACCUUUCUAUCAUCAGCACUUUACCAGAGGCAUAAACACAACUGACUCACAUAUUGGUGUGCAUCUGCGCGUGUGUUUGUGUGCUUGUAUGUGUGUGGUCAACUGUGUGUGUGUAUGCGUG